AUGACUCAAAUCGGAUGGUAUGGCCUCGGGUCCAUGGGCCUCGCCAUGGCGAAUAACCUCCAGCGACAUCUGGCCGCCAAAAAGGCCCUAAGCCUGCUCUACACCAACCGCACCAUGUCUCGCGGCAGUCCCCUACAGAGCCUCGGUGGUAUCCCCGAGCCGAGCUUUGAUAAGCUAGUCUCCCGCUGUGGGAUCAUCUUCACCAUGGUAUCUAAUGACUCGGUCCUGCAAAACCUGAUCUCAUCUGCCAUCAGAUCAGGCCAUUCUCUCAGAGACAAGAUCUUCGUAGACUGCUCAACUGUACACCCGGAGACGGUGAGCUCUGCUGUGGCUCAGCUCAAGGCUAAGGAAGCCUCGUACGUUGCGGCCCCUGUUUUUGGUGGGAAUCCCAUUGCCGUCGAUGGGAAGUUGGUGUUUGCUAUUGGUGGUCCGAAAGAUGCGACUGAGGCUGUUAAGCCGCUUAUUCAGGAUGUUAUGGGUCGGAAGGUUAUUGAGUGUGGUGAGGAUGCGACGAAGUCUUCGUUGUUGAAGAUUGCUGGAAACAUCGUUACUGUGAAUAUGAUGGAAGCCGUUGGUGAAGCUCAGGUUUUCGCUGAGAAGACUGGCCUGGGAACUGGUGCUAUGGAAGAGUUGAUUGGCGAGGCAUUUGGUCCUGUUGCUGGGGGAUAUUCUAAGAGAUUGACUACUGGCGCCUAUGCGCCACCCCUGGAUGCCCGACCCGGUUUUGGCGUCUCUCUCGCCAUCAAAGAUGCCAGGCACGCCAUGUCCAUGGCCGAGGAGCAGGGUGUUAAGCUUCCUGCUCUUGAGUUGGCCCGGAAAAACAUGGAGGCUGCCCGUGAUUAUGCGGGUGAGUGCCUCGACAGCAGUUCCAUGUAUGGAACAUUGCGGCAGCAGGCUGGGCUUCCAUUCUGGAAUGAGAAGAGCCGGCAAGAGUAG